CGCCUGUCCGGUCCUGUCCCCGGGUCCCCGCUCUGCGCCCUCUGCGGGUGGGAGGGAGUGGCGUGGCCAGCUCCCGGCUAGUGCCCCAGGCCCCGCGUGCGUUUUCUGGGUGAGAUUUUUCCAGGGACCCCCAGGCCCGGCCCCGACAGCACGGAGCUCCAGAAACCUUGCGGUCGGUGGGAGCUGGCUGCCGGCUCGGUGGUUGAUGCCCGGCUUUCUGCGACUUCAUGCACGUUAACUGUAAAUUGCGUCUGUUUCUCGUCUGUAAAAUGGACGUAAUGAUACAUGUAUUGCCGCGUCUGAUACAUUUCUGUAUAUUGUCACCGGCUGGUGUCCCUCUUAUCAACUCCUGUGACUGGACAAGCAUCAAAGAUCGGCGACCAUUGGGGACAGAUAAGCCUGGUGUGACAAGAGAAAGUGACUUUCGGUGCUGCACCAGAGAAGCAAGUCACUGAGCGUGGGAAACUAUGGCCAUGGAAACCCUAAAAUCUGAGAACAAGAAAAGGGUCCUUCCCUCAUGGAUGACAGCCCCUGCGGAUGAGAGGAGAGUGUUGUCAUCGAGGACACCCAAAAGGAAGAGGACAGCGGCUGUGCACGCUGGGGCUGCAACAAGGGCCCCAGCCACCAAGACUGUGUACUGCAUGAACGAAGCCGAAAUGGUAGAUGUGGCUCUGGAGAUCCUGAUUGAGGGCCGAAAACAGGAAAAGCCGUCUCUGGUGGCCGCUGAUAAGCUGCAGCUCUCCCCUCCCUGCUCAGCGGCGUCUCCUCACACCAGUUCCCCUGGGAGCAGCAGUGAGGAAGAGGGCAGUGGGAACAGCUCGCCUGCUCUAGGCCUCAGCCCUUCCCAGGGGCCAGAAGCCGCCGACUCUCCCUGUAGCAGAAGCCCCGAGGAGGAAAAGGAGGAGGAAGAUGUGUUAAAGUAUGUCAGAGAGAUAUUUUUCAGUUGAUGCGAACUGUUCACUGGACUUUGUGCUGAGAGCAGUGGGGUCUGCUGAGAACUGCGGCCACUACCCACCCCUGGCACCCUGGAGAACCAGACCUUGCUUCCAACUUCCAGUCCCGGGGGGCUUUCAUUUUGGAGGGCCUUUCUGAAUGGGGGGAGGUAUUGCAGGAUGCAGACCCGCACCCCAUUAGUGUCAUCCUGCACUGCCCUCUAGCUCAGAGGGUCUGGCAUCCCAGCCCUGUGUUUUAUUCAAGUACCAGCAAAAAUGAGGUCAUGGGCCUCAUGGAAGCAAAGAAAAAUAUAGCUGCUGAGAACACUGGGAUUCCAGAUAGGCAGCCAGAUCUCGCCCUGAGGAGGAGGUCUAUGAACAGUCUCCAUCAUGACACAGUCCAGCCGUCGGCUUCCACCCCUCUAAGGGAAAAGGCUGGCAGCUGCCCACAGUUCCCUGCCAGGCUAGCAGCAGGGGGCCCUCUCCACCCCGUCACCUCUCUUUCACCUGGGGCCUCCACCUUGGUCCCUGUGCAGCUCUAAGGGAGAAUGGGACAGAAAACACUGAGGACAAAAGAUCA